GCGCCGCUCACUUGACGUGUUACGAGUUCUGUUUUUAUUUUUUUAUUUUAACAGUGAUCAUACAAUUUGACUCGGCUGCUAUCAUUUCGCAACACAAUAUCAUAACUUCAAUAUUAUGUCUAACAAAGUAUCCGAGGAGCAAUCAAAAUGUGUUCAGCAAUUACGAGAGUGGAUCGACAAACAGCCGAAUCUGCCAAAAACUAUAGAUGACAAACUAGUACUACGUUUUGCACACAGCUGCUACUAUGAUAUGGAGAAGACAAAAACGACCCUGAAUUUAUUUUUUGCAGUCAGAUCUAAUUGCACGGACCUUUUGACGAAGCGCGAUCCUAUGUCUCCACAGAUGCAAAAGAUGCUGAAAAUAAUAAAUCUCGGAACUUACACCAUAUCGGAUAACAGAUGCCUUUUCGUGUGGCAAAUAAAUGAUCCAGGGCUCGAAUCCUACGACUACACCCUCGACGCUAAACUGUUCUUUCUGACCACGGAUGCACGGUUUCUUGACAGCGACGUGUAUCAUGAAGCUGAUAUCGUACUGAUGGACGUGAGAGAUAUCACUCUCAGGUUUUUGACGAAAAUGAACGUAUCCGUAGCCAGAAGGUUGGCGAAGUACCAGGAGGACGCGAUCCCGAUCAGACUGAAGCAGGUACAUGUUGUCAAUGCACCGCCAUUUAUAGACAAAAUAUAUGGAGUUAUGAAGCCCUUUAUGAAGAAGGAAAUUACUGAACUGAUACACUUUCAUCCGCCAAACUCAGAAAGUUUGUAUAAAUAUAUAAAGAAGGAAGACUUACCUGAAGACUACGGUGGCACCCGUCCCUCAAUGGCUGAAAUCACAGAGGAAACCAUACAGCUUAUAAUGAAGCAACGGGAAAACUUGAUUGAUGAAAAUCUUUGGCGUGUUACCGGACAGAAGACUGAUACCUCUAUGGAAGUUGGAUCAUUCCGAACGCUAGCAAUCGAUUAGAUUUAACGCUAUAAUUACAAUGUUUAGCACAAUUACCUUAUAAAUGUUUGGUCUCCGCUGUGCUCUCAGUAAAAAGCGCUAUACCUAGAUAGCUUAAUCCGGCAACUCAAUAGCGUUACUUGUUUUGACUAUACCUGUUUAAUAUCCGAUUCCGAAAAAAUAUUUCAUUCUUUACUGUUAUAUUUAAAAUAUAAAUCGGUAAAAUAGGCGACCCGAGAAAGCCGACUUCGGCGUUGUAUUAUUGGCGCAUUGCUAAUGAGAAUCGUAGUGGAGACAAAUUAAACAAUAACAUUAUUAUUUUUAUCAUUACAGCGGUGCAAAUACCAAAAUGGAGUAUUUAGUAUAGAUGCCACUUGAAUCUUGCAUAUUUUUUAAAUAAUAUUUAUUAGUACAUAUACUUAUGUUUUGUAUUAU